CCCUCUCCUCUCACCCUGUCCUUCGUGUCACACAGAUUGAUGAGAUGCCAGAAGCUGCAGUCAAAUCCUCCUCCAAUAAGUACCAAGUCUUCUUCUUCGGGACCCACGAAACGGCAUUCCUGGGGCCCAAAGACCUCUUCCCCUACGAGGAGUGCAAGGAGAAGUUUGGAAAACCCAACAAGCGGAAAGGGUUCAGCGAAGGUUUGUGGGAGAUUGAGAACAACCCCACGGUCAAAGCCUCCGGUUACCAGCCCACCCAGAAGAAGAGCUGCUCCGAGGCGGCUGAGCGGGAGCCGCAGGGAGAUGGGGAGAAGAAAGGCAACGCAGAGGGGAGCAGCGAUGAGGAGGGGAAGCUGGUGAUCGACGAGCAGUCCAAGGAGAAGAACGAGAAAGCCGGGAUCAAGAGGAAAGCAGAAGAUGCUUUGGAGGACUCCCCCAAACGCCCCAAGGAUGCAGAGGGGCAGGAAGGGGACAAGAAGGUGGACAACGAAGAGGCCCCCAAGGAGGAGCCCAAAGCCAACCCGAGCGAAGGGGAGAAGAACAGUGACACUGCCGACGCACCAGACACCAACGAAGCCAAGCAGGAGGGCAAGGAGGAGGUCAGAGACCACAAGGAGAGCCUGUAGCGGCUUCCCCGGCGUGCUGAUCCUUCCCUGCCGGCUCCUGGGUGCUGCCCCGUGUCGCCCACGCCGGCUCGUCACGUCCGGAGCUCUGGACGAGAGAAACCACCCCAAAAUGAAAUUUCAAAAGGAAAAAAAAAAGAAAAAAAACUACAACAAGAGAGAGGAAUGGCAGAGCAGCCCGGUACUGACCCCGAGUGCUCCGUGCCUGCCCUGCUGUGGGCGCACGCUUUGUAUUAGUGAUUCCUCGGGGCUGAGCAGUUGAUUUGAAAUAAAAGCGAAUCUUGCCUUUUUAAA